CGCACGUUAUCGACAGCACAAUAGCUUGUGAGACUCGCGCAGGUGAAAAACACACUCACGUACAGACAAAACAAGACAUUAUCUCAGCCCAAAACAAGAGUUAAAAUGCGGGAUUUUGUUUUAUGAGGGCGUCGACAUUGACAGAGGCCUGGUUUUACAUCAAGAGAAAGUGUUUCGACCUAUUUUGUUGAUCUAUCUGCACUGAAUUUUCAAAGGAACAACAAUGUAUGAGAAUGUACCGACAGUGUCUGCUUCUGAGCGGCAGCAGGUGCUUCAGGCCUUGGAGAGGCUGCAGUCCAAGCUUGUGCAGAGGGAAGAGUUGACCCACAGUGACAGGCUCGGCACGUUGAAGGAAGCCCUGCAGAGCCCUCUGUUUGGCCACAUCCUCACCCUACAACACUCUGUCAAACAGCUUAAAGACCAGUUAAACAGCUUGCCCCCAGACACCUGCAGCGAGUUCAGUUUCUCUAAAAAGGGCCAGUUGAUCGUCAGCGCGAGUCGUCCGUCCAGUAGCCUGGGAUCAGUGGCGUCCAACGGUACAGCUUCGACUAAUGCCUCUUCCGAGCAGCUUCAAAGAUGGAUAUACGCAGCGGCAAAGGGCAAGAGAACAGAGCUGAUCAGCCUGCAGAAGCCAUUAUCUGGAGGAUUGGGCUUCAGUGUAGUGGGCCUGAGACCGGAGGGGGUGGGCAGUCAUGGAGUGUUCGUCAGGCAGAUACAGCAAGGAAGUGUCGCAGACAGGGAUGGAAAGUUGCAAGAGAAUGAUCAGAUUUUGGCGAUUAAUGGGAUUCCUCUGGAUCAGAGCGUGACGCAGCAGCAGGCCAUCGCUCUGCUCCAGCAGCAGAGAGACCGGGUGGAGCUGGUGGUGGCCACAGAUGCUGCAGCCAUGCCCAGGCUCUCUACAUCUGGACCCAUUCAGAUGGACCAGUGGGGACACAUGGAGGAGAUCGAGCUGUUAAACGAUGGCUCUGGCCUUGGCUUCGGGAUUGUCGGUGGCAAGACAACAGGAAUGGUGGUCAGGACCAUAGUGCCCGACAGUGUGGCCGAUAAGGAUGGGAGGCUGAGAACAGGUGACCACAUCCUUCGGAUUGGAGAGACGUCCACGCGGGGCUUGGCCAGUGACCAAGUGGUGCAGGUGCUGCAGGCCUGCGGGAGCCGUGUGCGCAUGCUGAUCGCACGAGACCCGCUGGGAGCACCUCUAUCCCCACCCCCACUUGCCCCCGCCACUGGCCCCAUCACCUCCCCACCUCCUUUACCUCCUGUACCAGCCAACAGGGCUGGCAAAACGCCAAACUUGGAGGGCUACGAAAUCCACGAAGUUGCGUUAAAAAAGAAGGAAGGCCAGAGCCUCGGGAUCUCUAUAAUUGGUUAUAACGCCUUAACCAGUGAGGAUGCCGUGGGGGUCUUCAUAAAGAGUGUGGUUCCAGCCAGUGCCGCUGAGCAGAGCGGGAAAAUCCAUGUCAACGACAGGAUAAUAGCAUUGAAUGGAGUAAACCUCCAAGGAUUCACCAACCAGGAAGUCCUGGAGGUAAUGAGGCAGACGGGCGAGACGGUACACCUUACCCUUAUCAGGAAGAUCGCCUCGCCCAAAAGGAUGCAUGCAGAGAAAUCUCUGGAUAAAGUCCAGAGAGAGUCAUCGCGUGUGUCUCUGAAGAGAUCGUCUGAAAUUAAGACUCGAGCGGAUGUUCUGAGGAGUUCUUUGAUUGAGUCUGUGGACCCUGCUUUGAGUGGAAUUAAGCAACAGCUGCAGGGGAAAAUCCAAGAGCCAGCCGCGCUGACGGAGAUGGAGCUUCGCGCUAAAUGGGAGCAGGCUCUCGGCCCGCUUUACAAUGUUAUGGUUGUGAAGUUGGAUCCGGUCAUAGAAGAUGAUGUUGAGUUGCAGAAGUUCUCCAAGCUUCUCCCAAUACACACAAUGCGCUUGGGUGUGGAACUAGACUCUUUUGACGGACAUCACUACAUCUCUACAGUAGCUCCCGAGGGACCAGUUGCAAAACACGGGUUACUUCGACUAGAGGAUGAACUUCUGGAGGUGAAUGAUGUGCAGUUGUAUGGGAAGUCCAGAAGGGAAGCUGUUGCUUUCCUCAGAGAGGUUCCUCCUCCAUUUACAUUGGUUUGCUGCCGACGCCUUGCUGAGGAGGGCAGCGAUUAUCACCCUGAAUCUGAAGAGUGGCGUUCAACCAGCCCCUCAACCAACCUACAGGAACAGAUUGAGAAUAACCUCUCCAUGUUGGCUAAUGACACAAGUCUACGAGACAGCAUGAGAGAACAGUUCAAGGCCCGCCAGGUAUCUGCAAUUCAGCAGGAGGCUGACAAUGAAAGAGACCCUUUAGAGACAAGCAGCCCUGAGAGGGAGGAGAUGUAUGAGGAUGAGGAUGAAGGGGAGCUUGCUCUCUGGUCUCCAGAAGUUCAGGUGCUGGAACUGGAGAAAGGAGAAAGAGGUCUUGGCUUCAGCAUACUAGACUAUCAGGACCCUUUGGAUGUUGCACGCUCAGUGAUUGUCAUCCGUUCCCUGGUGCCUGGUGGGGUGGCGGAGAAUCACGGUGGGAUGCUCCCUGGAGACCAGCUGGUUUUUGUUAAUGACUCUCAUCUGGAAACAUGUUCUCUGGCAGAGGCAGUUGAGGUCCUCAAAACUGCUCCACCUGGAAAGGUCUACCUUGGAAUUAGGAAACCACUUGUGUCAGAGGAGAGCAGCGGUGUGCAGCGGUCCUCUCUGUCUGUAGAGGGUGUGAAUGAGCAAUCAGUGGGAAAGCAAACCAUCAGCCACACUCUCCUAUCUAUGACGGAGGACUUUGAAAAUGGUUCCAUCUUAUCUGACGACCUGGACGAGGAGCCAGAGCUGAUCUUGGAUGCCGAACCCCGCUACGCCUCUCCCCUAACCACCGUUGACCUCCUGCCUGGCUUGGAGAGAGAAAUGGCUGUGGAUGAAGAGGAUGAAGAGCAAGAGAGGAUGGAAAUUCUAAUGUCCAAGAGCGAGAGUCUACCUUUAUACCUCAGCAAGAAGACCCAUUCCCGGGAGGAACCAGCAAAAGCCAGCCUCUAUCAGUUCACCCCUGAUACACAAGAGCAGUUCACAGAGGACGAUCUUGGCGCAAUCGUUGAGCACAUUCAGGCUCAAGAUCUGCAGCUCUCGCGGAUUCACCUCAAUCAGCCUUUGUCAUGGGUGGAGGCAGCUGACAGUGACGCAGAUUCUGACUCCAGGAACGGAGGCUCAGAACUCACCUUGACUGACACCGACACUGAGUCUGUGCAGCUGAAAUCCUUUGACAACAAGAGGAAGGAGAGAAACCUGGGGGCUGGUGUUUCAUCAAUCAGAGGAGGCCACAGUGACCUACCAGAGAGAGAGGAGGGAGAGGGUGAGGAGACACCUGCAUUCAGUCACUGGGGUCCCCCACGCAGAGUGGAGGUGUGGCCGGAGCCGCUGGAGUCUCUGGGUAUCAGCAUAGUUGGUGGACGAACCGUUAUAAAGCGACUGAAAAAUGGAGAAGAACUGAAGGGUAUUUUCAUCAAACAGGUGCUGCCAGAGAGCCCAGCUGGACGCACAGGUGCCCUUAAAACAGGAGACAAGAUCUUACAGGUGUCUGGAGUUGAUUUGCAGAAUGCCAACCAUGAGGAGGCAGUACAAGCCAUCAAAAUGGCUCCUACUCCUGUGGUCUUCAUCGUGCAGAGUCUGUCACCCACUCCUCGGCCUGUCUCUGUAAUGGCCUCCAGCAUAAGACAGCACAAAGCUAAAAGAAAAGCUGCCCAGCAGAAAGCAGGACAGACCAGUGUCCCUCCACCCAUGCGCCUCCCCCCACCCUACAGACCUCCCAGCCUUGUGCAGGAGGAGGAACAGGAGGAGGAAGAGAGGGAGGAUGAGCAGGAGGCAAGAGAAGUGAUCAGGCAGAGGUACGCAGACCUGCCAGGAGAGCUGCUGAUUGUGGAAUUGGAGAAGGAUCGAAAUGGCUUGGGACUCAGCCUGGCCGGAAACAGGGAUCGAUCAUGUAUGAGCAUUUUUGUGGUGGGGAUCACACCAGGAGGGCCGGCCAGCCGUGAUGGACGCAUCAAAGUGGGCGAUGAGCUGUUGGAGAUAAACAACCAGGUGUUGUAUGGUAGAAGCCACCAGAAUGCGUCUGCCAUAAUAAAAAGUGCCCCGUCAAAGGUCAAAGUCGUCCUGGUCAGGAAUGAAGAUGCUGUCAAUCAAAUGGCUGUCCCUCCCUUUCCCUCUCAGACUUCCCCUUUCUAUCCUAGUGAGGCCCAUCAUAAUACGCCAGUGGUUCCAGCUCUGCCAGAGAAGCCACAGAUACCCGAGAGCCUCCCUCUCAGCAGAGGCCCACCGGAGCUGCCACUAAUCAAAAUUCAGGAGCAGUCCAGCGUGGCUCUAGCAGUGAGCCCCACACCAAGAGAACCAACACAGAAGAGUGUCAGAGAGGGAGAGUCAGCAUUGAAGAUCACCAGUCUUCCAAAAAACCUGAGAAAUUCCACCAAACCCACAGCAAGUUCUCUGGAGGUCACAUCCCCAGGAUCAUUCACUUCAGCCUCUGGCACGACCCCUGACUUCGAGGACUGCAGCAAAGACCCUGCUACAUGUCCCAUAGUUCCAGGACAAGAGAUGGUUAUUGAGAUUUCUAAAGGCCGAUCUGGACUGGGUCUAAGUAUAGUUGGGGGCAGAGAUACUCAGCUGGAUGCUAUAGUGAUUCAUGAAGUGUAUGAGGAGGGGGCAGCGGCACGGGACGGUCGACUCUGGGCUGGAGAUCAGAUUCUCGAGGUAAAUGGAGUUGACCUGCGCAGCGUGGCUCAUGAAGAUGCUAUAGCUGCUUUGCGGCAAACGCCAUCGAGAGUGCGUUUGACAGUUCUGCGUGAUGAAGCACAGUACAGGGACGAGGAGAACCUCGACAUGUUCCGUGUGGAGCUCCAGAAAAGAACCGGCCGUGGGCUGGGCCUGAGCAUCGUCGGUAAGAGAAAUGGUAAGGGUGUGUUCAUCUCAGACGUGGUAAAGGGUGGAGCAGCUGAUCUGGAUGGCAGACUGAUGCAGGGUGAUCAGAUUCUGUCCGUGGAUGGAGAGGACAUGAGACAGGCCUCGCAGGAGGCUGUCGCUGCGAUCCUCAAGUGCGCCAGGGGAAAAGUGCAGUUGGAACUGGGCAGACUGAAGGCUGCUUCUUGGAUCUCAUCCAGACGUACUUCCCAGGGAAGUCAGAUGAGUCACGUGAGUGCCAACAGCAUUACCCCCACUCCCAUGCCCCCUGUCGUGGCCCCACCCCCCUCUCAAGUUCUCAACAACAGCAAUCGAGCCAUCACUGAACCCAACGGCAAAAGCACAGGGACAGAACCAGGCCUCCGCACAGUUGAAAUCACACGGGGUCCCACAGAUGCUCUGGGUGUCAGUAUAGCAGGCGGUAAGGGCAGUCCACUUGGUGACAUCCCCAUUUUCAUCGCUAUGAUCCAGGCCAACGGGGUGGCUGCCAAGACGCAUCGCCUCAAAGUAGGGGACAGGAUUGUGAGUAUUAAUUCUCAGUCUCUGGAUGGCUUUACUCACGGGGAUGUCGUAAAUAUGCUGAAGAAUGCUUACGGCACCAUAGUUCUCCAGGUGAUCGCUGACACCAACAUCAGUGCCAUAGCCAGUCAGGUUGAGAGUCUGUCCAGUAGCUCCACCCCCAGCACCAGCCCAGAGGUCCGACCCGUGGAACCAGAGGCCCCAAAGCCAAAGAGCAUCACUCUGGAGAAGGGCUCCGAGGGACUAGGCUUCAGUAUUGUUGGCGGAUUUGGGAGUCCACAUGGAGACCUUCCCAUCUAUGUGAAAACAGUCUUCUGCAAGGGGGCAGCAGCGGUGGAUGGGCGUCUGAAGCGUGGAGACCAGCUCCUGUCGGUUAACGGAGAGAGUCUGGAGGGAGUCACACAUGAACAAGCGGUGGCCAUACUGAAGAAACAGCGAGGAUCCGUCAUGCUGUCUGUGCUCUCCUAACACACAAGCACACAUUAAAGGGAUAGUUCACCCAAAAAUUACAUUCUGUCAUCAUUUAAUCACCCUCAUGUUAUUCCAAAUGUGAAUGGAACAACAUGAGGUUGAGUCAAUGACAGAAUUAGCAUUUUUGUGUGAACUAUCCUUUUCAAGGACUACAUCCACAGAAAAACACAAACAUUCCUUUCACAUGUCUUCAAAUGACAGCCAUGUGUUCUCUUUGACACUUCACCUCAUAUUGUCUAUUAUGGAGUCGUGAGGACUGAUAGAGUGAGAAUGUUUGAACUUGAUGCCGUCUCCACUUUACUGUUUGUGCACCUGGUGUUUUAGAUUAUAAAGGGAAAUCACAUAUGCAUUGAGUCUGCACAACAUUGUGUUGUCUUAGUCUUUGGACCUGUAGCCUCUCCAUUGGCAACUGUUGAGCAGGUGAAUUAUGUGGUAAUAUUAGAAAUGAUAAUUUUAAUGUGAUGAGUGCUGGUAACUCAAGACCAGGAGAUACAUUUGGAGUAGCAGACACAAGACACUAAUACAGUAUGCACACUUAAAGACAACUUUUAGUCCUGCUAAUUUCUUGAUUUAAACUGAAAUAAACAGAAACAUGCAAUUAACUUUAUACACCGAACAACCCACAAACAUUUCUCAAGAAAUCAGAUGAAUUUUCAUAAAAUUAGAUUGGAAUGGUUAAGUGGGUUUAUUUAGCCUGUAUUAGAUAUGAAGAUCAUUUCAAUCAGAUUUUGUUUUGUUACAGGGUAGCUUUAUGAAUAUUUCAAGGAAUGAUUCACUCAAAAAUUCCGUAAUCAUUUAUUCACCCUCAUGUUGUUCCAAUCUUGUAUGACAGUCUUCCGUGGAGCACAAAUAUAGGUGUUUUGCAAAUUUAUAUUUAUGUGGCUCCUGGGACUUUUAUAGCAAAUUUGCAACUUAUUCUUUAUUUCACAUUCACACAAAUCACAAGUAAAAUUUCUGAUUUUCAGUUCAGUUUUUGUUGAUCUAAAACUCUAUAGAGCAUUAACUGUUACCUCUUCAACCACCGGCAUGUUGUGAAAAAGAUUACGCUUGAAAUGUUCAUGUCCUGAGAACAUAAGUCAGGCAUCUGGGGUAUCGUUUGAAAGCUUGGAAUCUGAACUUUGCAUUGGUAACCAUCACUGAUACAUUUAUGUUACAUAAAAUAAGGCCCGAAAUCAUUUGCAUUGCAAAAUAGUGCCACCUAGAGGCCAUGUGGUAGAAAUGUAAAUAUACAAGUCUUUCAAAUAGCAAAGAAAUAGACAAAUCAUAUAUCAAAUGAAAGCUCUCAUUCUCAGGAAUGCAACUAGUGUAUUGCCUUAAUACCACAGUUUGAAAGAUUCUCAAAAGAAUCAGAAGGUGAAAUAUGUUUUCUGUAAGACAUCAAAUACAAAAGUAUCUUUUGAUCAUUGCUGCUGUAAACCCCAAAUAGCAAAAAAAUUUAUAUCUGCUCUUACCUUAGGCAGUUUUCUAAAAGAAAAUUGCCACUGUCUGUGAGCUUGCUUUUGUGAAUAAUCCAAUGUUAUAUCUUCGAUGUCCAGAACAAAAUAUGCGGUCCAACAGGGAAGGCAUACUAAACCAAUCUUAGGGAAAAUAUGUUAUCGACUAUUGAUGAUAAAAUGUUGCACAUCAUCACAAAGGGGAGGAUGUCAGUUUUCUAAUGACAGCUUGAUUGAGCUUCUAGUCCACUCAGAGGCCGAGAUAUUCUAUGAAAAAUAGUGGUGGUGCGUGAACUGAAAAUUAGACUGCAUGUCUAUGGACGCACAUUUGUGUGGGCUAAAUUGCAUGAGAUCGACACACAUUUCAGAUCGGCAUUUUGUGAUUGAUAUGGAUGGAGGAAAACUUAUUUUUUCUAGUAUUUGCUGCCAUCUAGGGGAAUAAAAUAAGACUUUUGUUGGGAGAUGGAGUGAACAGAACCAGAAUUACAUGCUUACAAAGUUAGGACAAAAUUAUAUAUAUUUUUGUUUAUUCAUUAAGAUUGUAAACCUAUAAUAUUAUUUAUGAAUAACUGUUGUUUUUUGUUUUUUUGGCAAUUUGUCCAAUUAGUGUAAUUGUUGAUCUUUUAAAUUUGAAUGUGAAAGAUUGCAGGCAGCAGCCAAAAAAUGCUCCAGAGUUGAAGAGGUUAAAAACCUUCUGUUUCGGAGAACAUUUCACAUUUAAUUUUUUUUUUUAGCGCCACAUGGUGGACAUUUCACCUUUGAGGAAUGCUGUAAUGUUUUUAACAUUCACAAACAUUCACAGUCACAAAAUUUUAAUGAGACUAGGCUUCAAUAAAAGAUGGCGAUACAACUUGUGCACUACAUUCCAUGUCUUCUGAAGUCAAAUUAUUGUUUUGUGUGAGGAACGCACAGAAAUUUAAGCCAUUAUUUACUUAAAAUCUUGAGACAUGAGGGUGAAUAUGUAAUGACUGAAUUUUCAUUUCAAGGUGAACUACUCCAAUUGCAUUGCUGUAUCAGGAUUUUAUAUUGCUAUAAUCAAACCUCUACUGAUAUACGUUGUUGCACAGAAAUUCUUACAAAUAACAUAGAUUUUUCUUCUUUUUUUUUAACGUUUUUUUAAUAAUUAAUUUGCAAUUUAGUUGAACACAUUUCUAGUGGUUAAUUGUAAAUAUGUAAUUUAUUUCCUUUGUAGGGCAUGAUUUUGCAAUGCUAUUGUCUUUAUGAAGAUGCAUAGUUUGACACCUCAUCUCAUUGAAUGUGUGUCUCACAAUAUGAGGAUAUCCUGUGUCUUCUAGAGGAAGUGUAUCAGGGUCUCCAGGUUGUAGACAGCGUGUGGCAACACUAACCAGACCAUCUCAUCCACUAAGAUUUUGUAAGCACAUAGCAGACAUUGUCCUGUCAUACUGUACCUCUGUCUUGAAUUCUCGUGCCAUGUGGACAGUGUGUUGUGACCUGUCUACUGCAGCAUCCCUUUAAAAAGCUUACCUGUAUUUCUUAUACCUGCCUUCCCUUCUUGAAUCACCCUUCCAGCUGAUGCAACUCAGUUUGCUAGAUCUAUGAUUUGGGCUGUGAACCACAAAAACUGAAUCUUGCCGAUCGUUAAAGUUAGUUCAGCCAAAAAUGACAAUUCUGUAAUGUUGUUCCAAACUCACAGAAGAAUGAAAGUUAUAAUGUUUUGGAACAAUAUGAUGACAGAAAAUGGUUAUUUUUCUGUGAACUAUUGCUCACACGUAAAACUCUGUAGUUAUACCUUUAAAUCAGUCAUUGUUUCCGUUGAAAUUCAGUGUAGUGAUUUUAAAGUCAAAAUAAACCAUUUAGUACAAUUAAUACAUUAGAUACAAAGUGCUAAGCCUGAAAUAAAGCUGAUUUA